UGCCAAAGCUCAAACAGGGGCGACCCUAAGGGCAUGUGGAUUGACUACCAAAACUCUUUGCAGUACACCACCCCUCUUUUCAUGGCGCAGCUUUGCAUCGUCUCCCUAGCUUAUAUGGUCAUUAAGUAUACUCUCAAGCCCCUCCGCCAAGCCUCCAUCAUUUCCCAAGUUCUCAGUGGUAUACUUUUAGGUCCAUCCAUCUUGGGCCGAAAUGAGUUCUUCGCAGAGACGUUUUUCCCCCAGAGAGGCAUCAUGAUCUUCGAGACCGUGGCGGGAUUCGGGCUUCUCAUCUUCCUGUUCGGCGUCGGCGUGGAGAUGGAAACCAGACGGAUGUUCAAACCCAGCCGGACCGCCGUGGUAGCCGGCAUCUUCAUGGUCGUAUUUUCCAGCUUGCUCACGGUGCCCAUGGCCGUUCUACUAACUCGCGUCCUCUCCAUGAACGAAAGCCUAAGGCAGAUUCUCCCCAUCUUCGCAGUGUCGCAAUGCACGUCGGCGUUUCCCAGCGUCUGCCCCUUCCUUAAAGACCGCAAGAUCAUCAACACCGAUCCAGGCCGAAUCGCCAUCUCCAUUUCUCUGUUUUCCGAUCUCAUCGGGAUGAGUCUGGCGAUCGUAAACUACUCCUUGCAACCCCUUUUGAAGGAUAGUAUCGGGCAACCUGUGGUGAAUACAAUCGGGGGGCUAUUAUCGGCGUUGUCUUUUGUCUCCAUUUUAGCCUUCGUCAUCCGGCCCCUCAUUCUCAAGCUUCUGGUUCGUCUUCCCCAAGAAAAACCGGUUUCGGAGUCUUAUAUCAUGGUUUUCUUCAUACUUUUCUUAGCUUGCAGCUUAGUGACUGAGAUUAUCGGGCAGCAUUUUGCGUUUGGGGCAUUGGCCGCCGGCAUCGUCAUCCCGCCGGGACCCCCUCUGGGGUCUACUAUAAUCAGGCGCCUCGAGUACCCCAUUGCAACGUUCUCUUACCCCACAUUUCUCACCAACAGCGGACUCAAAACAAACAUUUUCUUCAUCCAAUCUCAUAAUCUGUUGGUUGUUUGCAUUAUUGUCCUUUACGCUGCCGUGAUCAAGGUUGUCAUAAUGAUGGUUCUCGGCAAGUUCUUGGCCAUAAGCACUACAGAAUCGGUGGUGAUUGGGCUUAUGUUGAACGCAAAAGGCCCCACUGAGCUUAUCCUCUUCAACCUCUGGAGCGAUGUUCAGAUUCUGAAUGACGAGGAAUUCUCGCUGGCGGUUACCGUGGGAGUGAUUGGAAUCAUGCUGAUCCAGACGCCAUUGAUAGUGUUGUUGAUGAAAUCAGCGAACAGACACACGCCGUUUAGGAGGAGGACGAUACAGAAUUUGAAAAGGGAAAUGGAGCUGAGAAUUCUGGUAGCGAUCAAAGAUCAAGAGUCGGUUCCGUCGAUCGUGAACCUUCUGGAAGCUUCGAAUGCAUCGGAGGAAAGUCCGGUUGCGGUUAUAGCGCUGAUCCUGGUGGAGCUGGUGGGCCAGGCGGCUCCGAUCCUCAUCGCGCACCAAUAUUCCCACCAAAACCUCAACCUGGACACCUCCUCCUCCGCGCAAAUCAUAAACGCGCUGCGGCAGUACGAGUUCAACAACGAGACGAACGUCUCGCUUCAGCCCUACACGGCUGUGUCGCAAUCGGAGAUAAUGCACGACGACAUUUGCAGGCUCGCGGUUGACCAGAACGCAACCAUCGUCAUCCUCCCGUUUCACAAGCACUGGGCGAUCGACGGCUCGAUCGGAACGGUGAACCGAGCAGAGCAGCAUAUGAACUCCAAGGUCAUCGAGAAAUCGCCUUGCUCCGUCGCGGUUCUGGUGGACAAAGGAAUCCUCACCGGUUCCUUAACCAUUAUCAACACUAACGCCGUGUAUAAAGUCGCCAUGAUCUACAUCGGCGGCCCCGACGACGCUGAGGCUCUCUGCUACGGUGCGCGUAUGGCCAGGCACACUAACGUCACCCUCACCGUGCUCCGAUACCUCCUCCUCGGAUGCGAUAACGCCAGGGAGAGGAGAUUCGACAACGACAUCAUAGAAGCCAUCCGGUGCGCCAACGUCGGGAACCACCACUUCGUAUACCAGGAACAGGUGGUGAAGGACGGGGAAGGAUUCGCGAGCUCUCUUAGAAACAUGGAAAAUAUUUUCGAUUUGUUGAUGGUUGGGAGGACUCACCAGGAUUCGCCGCUGCUAGAGGGGAUUGGAGCCUGGAUCGAGUGCUCCGAACUCGGGGGGGUCGGAGACUUCUUGGCGUCGCCGGAUUUUAAGAACACGGCGUCGGUGCUGGUGGUGCAACAGCAGAGAUUUGGGGGGAAGUUGAUCAAUAGAGCCGCCAAGCCGGUGGUUAACGCCCAAGAUUUUAUGUAUGAUAAUAAUUCUUCCACGCAUCUUUCAGCACAAGGAGGUUCAUCAUUUGGUAGUGACACUAAUUCCAGAUGGGAACUUCCAAGAGAUAGGUCUGAUAGGGUUUAA